AUGAGUGUGGUACGCAUACACAUGACUGUUCACCAUACGCUAUGUGCAUCGAUACGUUGGAAUCAUUUUUGUGCCAGUGCAACACUGGUUACACGGACAAGUCUUUCGUCUUUAUUCUUGCCAAAAAUGAAAUACACUGAAGCUAUUAUUGCAGCAACAAACCAUUGCGCCGAUAAGUUGGCGAAUUCGUGUGACGAGAACGCUGAUUGCGUGACAUUGCCGGAUGGAUACACUUGCGUGUGCUCAUCUGGCUAUGCCGAUGUUUCCAGUAAUGCUAAUUUACCGCCUGGUCGUGUAUGCACUCUACAUACGCAAUGGUGA